GCCAUUUCCAAGGGCUCUACACGAAGUUAGGCGGCCAAGUGUUCGCAACCAACCCCUCUUCCUCGCCCACUGAAAGGUUCAGAGGCUCCCGUUUUAGCAUAGCGACCGAGACGAAGGAGUGGGGGGGCGGAGAGCUUUGGGCCCUGGCCAGGAUGAAGUUUAUGAGACUCGGCACCCGGCCGGACACCUUCUUCGCCGCCGCCGACUCCGUGAGGUCUGUCUGCACGGAGGUGGCCACGGACCUGCAGAUCCUCGUGGAUAACUGCCUCUACCAUCUCCACAAGUUCCCCCUGCUCUCGAAAUGCAUGCUCCUGCAAGCGCUGUGCGCCGACGCCGGCGACGUCGUCGUCGAGCUCCCGGGGUUCCCGGGCGGCGCCGAGGCGUUCGAGGCCUGCGCCAAGUACUGCUACGGCAUCACCAUCACGGUGAGCGCGCGCAACCUGGUCCCGCUGCGGUGCGCGGCGGCGCACCUCGGCAUGUCGGAGGCCGCCGACAGGGGCAACCUCGCGGCCAAGCUCGACGCGUUCCUCGCCUCCUGCCUCCUGCGCCGCUGGAAGGACGCGCUGGGCGUGCUCCACUCCACGCGCCACCACGCCCCGCUCUGCGAGGACCUGGGCCUCACGUCCCGCUGCGUCGACGCCGUGGCCGCCCUCGUCGCCAGCCCGGACACCGCCCCGACGUCCACGUCGGCGUCGCCGUGGUGGGCGCACGACGUCGCCGAGCUCGGGGUCGACCUCUUCUGGCGGAUCAUGGUCGCCGUCAAGGCCACCGGCGCCGUCCACGAGAAGACCGUCGGCGACGCGCUCAAGGCGUACGCGCGCCGGUGGCUGCCCAACGUCGCCAAGGACCAGCCGCUCGACCGCGACGCCGCGGACGUGAAGCAGGUCGCCACGAGGCACCGCCUCCUGCUCGAGAAGAUCGUCAGCCUGCUCCCCGCGGAGAGGGACGCCGUCUCCUGCGGCUUCCUGCUCAAGCUGCUCAAGGCCGCCAACAUCCUGGGCGCGUCCAAGGCGUCCAGGGCGGAGCUGGUGAGGAGGGUGGCGUGGCAGCUGGAGGAGGCCAGCGUCUCCGACCUGCUCAUCCCGUCGCUGUCCUGCGUCAGCGACACGCUGUACGAUGUGGGCGCCGUGUCGGCCAUCCUCGACGAGUUCGCGCUGCGGUGCGCCGCGCUCCCGCCGGCGCCGGCGCUGGCUCUGUCCGGGAGCCUCGACGACAGCCCGGCGCACUCGGGCGGCCACCGGCGGUCCCGUUCGGCGGAGAGCGUGAGCUUCGACGGCACGCGACGCUCCUUGUCGGCCGCACCCGUGUCGCAGGGCGGUCUGGUGCAGGUGGGCAAGUUGGUGGACGGGUUCUUGAUUGAGGUCGCAAAGGACCCCAACAUGCCGAUGGACAAGCUGCUCGCCAUUGCCGAGGCCGUGCCAGACAGCGCCCGGCCGGAGCACGAUGGCAUGUACAAAGUCGUCGACACAUACCUCAAGGCGCAUCCGGAGAUGAGCAAAAGCGCGAGAAAGCGGCUGUGCCGGGUGCUCAACUGCCGGAAGCUGUCGGAGAAGGCGUGCGCGCACGCGGCGCAGAACGAGCUCCUCCCGCUGCGCGUGGUGGUGCAGGUGCUGUUCUUCGAGCACGCGCGCGCCGCGGCGCUGGCGUCGGGCGGGCACGCCGUGGCCGCGGCGGCGGACCUGCCGAGCAACAUCCGGGCGCUGCUGUCCAAGUCCGGGUCGUCCGAGGACGACGAGGCGGACCGCGUCGACGAGCAGCGGCUCCGGGCGCUGGCCGCCGGCGCGUCCCCCGGCGACGACUGGAGCGUGGAGGGCCUCCGUCGCGCGGCGUCCAAGAUCGCCACGCUGCGGAUGAAGCUGGCGGAGGACGAGGACGAGGACCGUGACGCCGACGAGUUCGCGCGCAAGGCCGGGCUACCGCGCAGCGCGUCGCUGCGGUUCAGGGCGUUCUGCGCCAUCCCCGCCGGGAAGCCGAGGCGGAUGCUCAGCAAGCUGUGGCCGCUGGGCAGAAGCGGCGUUAGCCACUAGUAGCAGACAGUGUUAGCUCCUGUGAUCUCCUGUUUCUCUCUCUCUCGUUUUCCUGAGGGUGAUUUGUCUGUCUCUUCUACGAGUUCCUCCUCUCUCUCUCUCUCUCUCUCUCUCUCUCUCUCUCUCUCUCUCUUUGUUACGCUUUCAAGGCAAAUUGUACCUUGCAUGUAGUUGUAAUCUCAACGGGCACAAUAAAAGAUAGAAAUUGCACAGGCA